ACAGCAUAUAGAAAAGAGGGAGAGGAGUUAGUGAGAGGAAGAGCAGUUCCGGAGCGAGUGGGAGUGUAAGUCUGAGCAAGCCCCCCGAGUCUCGGGGAGAAGGGAAGACAUGGUCUAACCAGGAGAGGGGACCGGCCAGUGCGACCAAUCCAGCAAAUUGCAGCCUUGCUUCCCCCACAAACCCCUGGGGGCAGAGCGGGGGGGGGGGGGAUGUCCAGUGCACAAAGAGAAAGAGCAUCCAUUCUGAAUUUGACUAUCUCCUAAAGGUUGGGCACACAGCCCUGUGGAAAGUGCCAUGCCCAAACUGAGCCGACGUUGUGCCCGCCCGUUGAGCUUCAGGUCAGUGCUGUGUGUGCUCUGUGUAAUCUUGUUGUGCCGCUGGUUCCUGGCCCUGAGUGAAAAGGGCUGGCGGUCCCUUGGGAUGGUGAAGCCAAGCGCCAGUGCAGUGCAGGGGCACCUCCUCUUGGUCGAGGAGAACUCCACCUGCUGGCGAAUCAUCAGGGGGGACAGGCAGGAGGUAGAAAGAGUCCUCCUCGACUCCAUCACUGUCUCCCUCAGGCGCCAAGGAGUUACGGAAGGUGAUUAUCUGGACAUAACCCGAAAUUGUAGUUCCUUCCUCAGGGCCCGCAAGUAUAUCACUGUCCCCCUCAGCCCUGAGGAAGAAAACUUCCCCUUGGCUUUCUCCAUGGUCAUCCACAAUGGCAUUGAGAUGUUCGAGAGGCUUCUACGAAGCAUUUACGCCCCACAGAAUGUCUACUGCAUCCACGUGGACCGCAAGUCCCCGAGUCAAUUCCAUGCGGCUGUCCAGGCCAUUGCUUCAUGUUUCCACAACGUCUUUGUCGCAGCCAAGCUAGAAUCGGUCACCUAUGCUUCCUGGGCCAGAGUUCAGGCAGAUCUCAACUGCAUGGAGGAGCUACUGGAGACCCCCGUCCCCUGGAGGUACUUCAUCAACAUGUGUGGCCAAGAUUUCCCCCUGAAGACCAACCGGGAGAUAGUCCACAGCCUCAAAGCUAUGAACGGCUCCAAUGUGAUUGAGUCGGACCCCCCGCCACGGUACAAAAAGAAACGUUGGCAAUACCACCACGAUACCCACGACCGGGUGGUCUUGACCGGUCAAGUAAAGGAGCCGCCCGACAUCAACUCCUCCAUUUUCGUGGGCAGCGCCUACGUCAUGGUCACCAGAGAGUUUGCCACCCAUGUGUUCGCCAGCACCGCGGUCAGGGCCUUCCUCAAGUGGUCAGAGGACACCUACAGUCCAGACGAGCACGUGUGGGCGACCCUGCUGAGAAUGCGUGACACGCCCGGCUAUGUCCAGUACACCCGGGGAACGGCGAGGAACCUCGGGCGGGCAGUGAAGUGGUCCUCCGAGGCUGGCGAUGUGGCAAAGGGUGCCCCCUACAGCCACUGCACGGGAAUGUACCGCCACAUGAUCUGUGUGUACGGGGCAGGGGAUCUCCAGUGGCUACUGAACCAGAGACCCUUCUUUGCGAACAAGUUUGACCCUGACCUGGACAACGUGGCAGUGCAGUGCAUGGAGGAAUAUCUCCGGAACAGGACGCUGGGUGAAACCGGGGCUGGGGUGCGGGUGGGGGCAGGGUAA